AUGGACGCCAUUGUAGCUACUUUUCAACCUUUAUGGCAAUCCAAAAAUGGUUUCCGAUUGAAAAAUCUUGGAAACCAUAUAGUACUAUUCAUUUUUGACAGUAAAACUGACGUUGAAAAUAUCCUUGCAAACGAACCAUGGAGCUACGACAACAAUCUUAUGGUUCUGCAACGGUACGAAGCGGACUCUAAAGUUGAAAAUCUAUCCUUUAACCUCACCCAUUUUUGGGUUCAGGUGCAUAGGAUUCCGGUUAGGUUCAUGAACAAAAGAGUGGCAGAGGGGCUGUGUGAGACAGCUGGUCAGGUGUGCCACUUGCAGAAUGCUCCAACAGAGGACGGGGGGAGUUUUAUGAGGGUCCGGGUGUUAGUGGACAUAUCUCAACCCCUGUGCAGGGGACGUGUGAUAGCCUUUGAUGACAGUAGGGAACAAUGGGUCACUUUCAAAUACGAACGACUCCCUAACCUAUGUUAUUGGUGCGGAUGCUUGACGCACAGUGAUAAAGACUGCGAUCUAUGGAUCGAAAGUGAAGGGACGUUACCUGAAUCGGAGAAACGGUAUGGAUCAUGGAUCAAGGCUUCGCCGUUUAAUGGAAAGAGCAAAUCGGUACUCUCAGUCCUGGGUUUUUAUGCGUCGAAGGCAACCAAGCAGACUGGAGAACAUUCCCAGCGACCCACCCUUCACGCGCCGGUGGCUGAUAAGUCAAACUGA